AUGGAGAAACAAAUCGAAUUGACGUCUCACAAAGUGUUGAUCUUUGACGUUUAUGGGACACUCGUUGAUUGGGAAUCUGGAAUAUACAACAGUCUCAAGACGCUCUUUCCAAAGGAUACUCCAAGAGAGGAGGUGUUGCAGAAAUAUGCUCUUGCUGAGCUAGAUCUUCAAAUGAAAGAUCCGAGUGUACCAUACUCAAAGAUCCUUGAUCUUGCUUGGGUUCAGCUCAGUGGUCAAGUUAACACGAGUCUUAGUCGUGGCAGACCAGCUGUAGUCACGGAAGAAGGGGAGGUAUCCAGUACAGCCGUCGCUCAACAAGACUUAGAUCUGACUUCCUCAACGCCACCAGCAAGUGAUGCUGAGCGAUUCGGAGCUUCCAUAUCCACGUGGCAGCCAUUUGGAGACACCGUCCAAGCCCUCCACAGACUGAAGGAGCACUUUGCGCUAGUGGUUCUCUCAAACGUAGAUGACAGAAGUUUUGGCGGCACCCAUGAGUUGCUGAAACUUCAAACCCAUGAAUCCCCCAAUAGCAGAUACCCGACGGUGACCCUUAAUUCCCCCUUCUCACUCAUCCUUACCGCUCAGCAACUUAAUGCGUAUAAACCAGACUUGAGGGUGUUGGAAACUGCACUCCAGCAAGUCUCAUCUGCGCCUCGCUCCCUCUUACCACACCCCAGUCCACCCUGGGCUGUGGAGGAACGUGAGGUGCUUGUAGUAGCAAACUCGCUUCUGCAUGACAUCGAGCCUGCAAAUCUUCACAAUCUUAACAGCGUGUGGAUUUCGCGCCAUGAGAAAAAUAUUAUCGGAACCAAUCCCGAUUUGAAGGAGCGAGGGGUUUGGACGUGGAGGUUUGAAACUUUAGGUGAUCUGGCAGAUGCGGUGGACCAGGAGGUUGAAGAAAAGCAGCGCGUGGCUGCGGCGCUACAUGAACUUUAG